AUGCAAAAAAAGUUGUUCACUCUUUUGGAAGGGUAUACUUCAUUUUCCUAAUCAUUCCAUAAACAACAUAAAGAACUUUUAAUGCUAACAAUUAGAAUUUUAUUGAUUAUUAAUGGACUUUAGGAAUUAUCAUUAAUUUCUGGCUUAAAAACAGACACAAGGUAUUUAUUAGAGUCUAAAACUAGAAAGAUUUUUAGUAUUAUCUCAUAGUUUGUAAUUACCAAUUAAUUGAUUAUAAUUGAUAAUCAAUAGAUGCUAAUUUAUUUGGUUGUUCUGCAUCUAUUAAUAAAUGUUAUUUGUGUUGCACUUGUGACAUAUUUUAAAAAUUAUCAAAAUAGUUAAUAUCUGCUUAUGUUAUUGAUUAAAAUCUAGCAUAAAAUAUUGAUACUUCCUACAUGGAAUACCAUAUUUUAUUAAAUUAAUCAUUAUCCAAGCAUAUAAAUUUAUAUUUUGACAAUUUGUAAUAUGAUUAUGUAUAUUUAACAAAUUUUAUGGAUGUCAAUUUGUAAAUAGACAUAAUUAAUUGAUUUCACAGGAAUUAUUUACCAUUAAAACCUUUUAGUUGAUUUAUUUUAUGAAGCUAUAACAGUAUUAGCAAUUUUACUUGCUGAAAUAUCAACAGAAACAUGUGUUGUACUAUUUUUAGUUAAGUACUUUUCAAAAAUUUUAUUUUUAAAAAGUAUUCUAAAUUAUAAUGCCACAUUUUAUUUAAUUUAUUAAGUAAUAAUGAUUAAUCUAGUCUUAUGUUUUGAAUUAAAUAUGGAAUUUAUUUUUGUGCUUAUUACACUCUCGUUUUCUAUUUAUAUUACAAUCAAUAUAAGAAGACGAUUAUUUGACUUGUAUUUACUUGAUCAGAAUAUUACAUUAUAGAAAUGCUAGUUAAUUGAAUAUUUGAAUUAUAGCAAAUUUAAAAAUUAGCAUACAUUAUUAUAAAAAUCUAUACUAAUGGUAAGCUAAUUAAAUAUUAAGAGUCAUUCUAUGGUUUAAUUAAUCUAAAUUUUAUUAUCAGAUAAAAAUAAAUAGGAUUCAUAAAUAAUAAAGAUAUAGUGUAAUUAUUCUUAAUAAUUUUAUCCAUUAAGAUCUUUGAUUUUAUUUCAUUCAUAAUAUAAAUGUGAUAGUAUUUUAAAUAAAGCUUAUCUGAAUGUUAUUACAUAAGAAAUUAAUACUUAAAUAAAAAGAAUUUAAGAAGUCCAAACAAAAAAAUCAGAGAUUCCAAGAUUAACUAUAUCAGGAUUUCUUUAAGCUUAAUAUAAGAGCAUUGAAAGUUUAAGUUAUUUAGAAUCAACAUUAAAAUAGAAACUUGGUUUAUUGGAGUAUCUAAGGCUUGGGUUUUCAUCUUAAUCAAGACAAUAGGAUAAGAUUAUUCCUUAUGUAAAAGCGAUAUCUGAAUGUAAAGCAGUGAUUCAAAAGGAAUAUAAUUUAUAAAAGUUUUGUAUAAAGGGUUAAUAGUAUUCUGAUAUAUUAACUUUAAGAAUAUUACAAUUAUAUUUUGGUAUCAUAAUGGUGAAUACAAAAAAAGUAAAUUUAAAAUUAUAAAUUAGGCAUUAGAAAUAGAAAAAAUAGUUGAUGAUUUAUUGAGAUAUGAUAAAUAGUUUAAUGAAUAUACAAUUAACAAUUAAAUUCUUCUCACAAGUAAAGUAAAAUAUACAUAACUUAGAUAGAUCUAUGAUUCUUUAAACAAGUUUAAUUCAUGACUAGGGUUAAUUAUUGAAUUAUAAUAAAGAGUAAGCAUCUUAAUUUUUUUAAUGCCCUUCAGAAACUGUAGGAAAUUAUAAAUAUAUAUACGAUUUUAUGCCAGACUAUAUUGCUUCUUUGCAUGAUGAAUUAGUAAACAAAUUUUUAGAAAAUGGUUAUUCUAAAUUAAUGUAGGUCGGAUCACUUAUUUUUUUGAAAACUCCUAAGAAUUUUAUAUUACCAGGUUAUAUUCAUUUAUAUAAUCCCUUGAGGAUGGAUGAUAUAACAUUAUAUGCAAUACUAACAUAAUCUUCAUAGUAUUUUGAAUAUAUAGUUUUUGAUUAGGAUGGCAUUAUAAUGGGAAUCACCCAAAAAUUAUUCAAUGUUAUGAAUGAUUUAAUAUCUGAAAAUAAUUAAAAGUAUUACAGAAUUCUCGAUAUUAUAGAAAAGGGCGGAUAGAUUCUUCAUUAUAUCUCAUAAAUUCCACAAUAAUUAAAAUAACUCUAAGAAAAUAUUCAAAGUUCACAAAAUUACUAAUUAAUUAAUUUAAGAUCAUUUUGGGAGUUUCCAAACAAUAAUAGUGAAUGUAUUAUUCAAACUUAGUAUAUCAUUAACUAAAUGAAACUAGGAAAUCAAAGAACAGAAUCAGAAUAGGAAGAUAAUGAAUUUUUGAUUGAUAACAUUUAAGUCAAUUUAUUAGAUCCAAAUUUUUAAAUUAAAUUUUCUACUAUUUUAAAUAAUAGAACAACAUAUAAAUUUAGUGAAAUAAAAUAAAAAAUUGAAUUAGCAUAUACAAUUUAAAUGUCAAAAAUUUACAACAAGAUCUAUUUUUUAUUACAAAUAUAAGAUUAUAGAUUAUCUGAUGCACCUGCUACUCUGAUGUCAUCUUCUUAAAAUAAUAAAUCAGGUGGUAAAACUUUAUCAUUAACUAUAUCAUAAUAAUUAGAUUUAGAAUAGUCUGAUAUUAUUUCAUCAGAAGGACAUUAAAUUAGAGAAAUUUAAAUAUUUAAUAAUUUACACUAAUAAUUAUUAGUUGAAAAGUUGUUGUUUGAUGAUCCAGAAAUGGACUAUGAAGGAGUUUAAGAUAAAAAUUCAUCUAAAUAAAUGAAUUUCAGUUAAAACUAAUCAAAAACACCAUUCAUAUUAACCUAAAGAUAAACACAUAGAUAAUUAUUAUCUGGAUAACAAUCAUUUAGAGGAUCUAUGUAAAAAACUGAAUUUGUUUUACCAUAAUUAUCAGUCUAAGAAUAAGUAAAUAAAGAUUAUGAUGUUUUAAAUCAAUUAGAAAGAGAUAUGAUAGAAAUAUCAAGACUUAAAUAGGAUCCAAUUUAAGAAUAUAAUGAUAAUAAAGUUGAAAAUGAUAAUGCUGAUUACAUAUCAAAAUCAUUAUAAACAUCUAAAGAUAUAGAUUAAAAUGAUCAUAAAUAACAUAUGUAUAAAUUUAACUCUCUUUAAAUUGAUUUAAUUAGAGAAAUUGUAGACACUAGUAAUAAUAUUAGAUUUUUAACUAAUGCUAAAACUCUAACCUGGAUUUUAGAAAUUCUAAUUUUAAUUUAUAUUAUCAUAAAUACUUUACUAGUUUAGAAUCAAUUUACUAAGUUUAGAGAUUAAAUAGAUGAACUCUAAUCUAUUUAAUCAUUAAAUAAUAUAAUUGUUUCAAAUUAUUAAUUGUUAUAAUCUACUUAUUUGGAAGGAUUAAACAUUUAUACCUUAAGUCCACUUUUGAAGCAAUCUUUAAAUUUAAGUCUCUCUGAAUCAUUUUAAACUAUAAUUAAUGACUAAUUAAAUUUAUAAAGAAAGAGCUGUAUCUAUCUUGAUCAAUUAGCUAAUGAUUCAAAUUUUGAGAAAUGCUUCACAUAUUUUAAUCGCAUUUAAGAAAAUGAAUUAUCUUAUUUUAGAAAUAGCAUUUUAACUAAUAAUACAUAUGAUUUUUUAAAUGCUAAGAAAUAACCUUCUUAUAUCUAAGAAUAAAUAUACUAUGUGAUCAAAAAAUUUUUAAUUUACUCAGAAUAAUUGUAUGAAUAAUUUGCAGAAAUUAAAUUGAGUGAUGUCUUUAUUGUCAUAUUAAUUACUGGUUUAUUAAUGAUUAUUACCAUAUUUACGUUUAUAUUUAAAGUUGUAUCAAUGAAAUCAAGUCUCAAAUCUAAAUUAGUUACAUUACUUUAAAGGUUAUCUUAAGAAGAAAUAGUUGAAUAAAUAGCCACUUUAACAAUUAUUAUUGAUAGUUGGAAAACUUAAUAAUGGAAAUAAUUUAAUUUUUAUGAUUUAUGGAAUCAUAAAUAAAAUCUAAUUAUUAAAGAAAUUUCCCCUACAAAGAAUAAAAGAAAAUAAGGGACAAAGAAUAUUGAAAAAGUAUUUCAAGAAACAUUUUUAAUUUUUAUUGAAGCUCUAAUUUUAACAUUUUUUAUUCUAUUUUUCGUUGGUGGAUUCAUUUUACUUUAAAAUUUAUUUUAAUCUUAUAUACCCUCAGUAAUUGUAAAUUAACGAUUCUUAUUAUUUUAAUAAAAAGUUGAUUCAAGUGUAACAUUAGGAUAAAUCAUUAAAACUGAACCCUUAGUUAAUAAUUUUAGAAAUAAAACAGAAUAAUUUGAAAUAAUUUAAGAAUAUUUUAAAUUAAUUAAUAAUUUACCGACUAUUAUUUUAGAUAUUUCUGAAUCAAUAGUUUAAUAUGAUUUUAUUGAUUAAUCUGCUAUCAAUUAGAUUUUAGAUUCUUUAAAUUCAGAUUAUUGUUUAUUAUAUAAUUUACAAUUUUGUACAACAAAUUAAAUAGGAAUAUAAUUUUAGAUUGAAUCCUAUAAUUAAUUUUUAAAAGAAGGAGUUAAUGGAAUGAUUUAACAUAUAUAUUAAUUUUCAGUAAGUGAAUUUGAAUAAGAAAAUUAAACAGGACUUUUUGAAAUAGAUUAAGAAUUAAUCAAGUAAACAAUUAGCUAAAGAUUAUUUAUUAAUAUAUUUAUUUAGUUUGUAAUAGACAUUUAGUAAAUAAUAGAUUAAAGUUAGGAAUUUUUGAUAGAAGGAAAUGAAAAAGCAAGUAUAUUAAUUGUAGAUAAAAUUUUAAUUUAUUACUAUGUGUUAGGAUGGAUGUAAAUAUUUUGUUAUUUUUAGUUUAAUGUUUCUUCUUUUUAUAAUAAAUGCAUAUUUAAUAAAAGCAUCAGGAUUAGAAAUAAAUUAAUAUAAAUAUUUAAUAUUGAUAAUUCCUGAAAAUAAGCUUGAUAAUUCUGUAAUAAAACAAAAAUUAAUCAAUAUUAGAACAUAUUUUUUUUGA